AUGUAUAAAUCCAUCACUGGGGGCCCCAACGGACUUGGAACCAGUGGGAGGAAGCACCAAGGCAAAGAGCUAGGGAUAGGCCCUGUGGAUUGGAUCGAGUGGGAGGAGCACGUAACUGGCCUCACCACUUGGCGUCCGCAGGGGAGGCGUCCUGGCCAGCCACCAUUAGGAAGAGGGCUAGGAAAGGUGCCCCCAUGGAGGAACCAGUGGGAGGAAAUGGAACCUGCAAAAUCAGAUUGGGGGAAAAUUAAUGAUGAUCGUAUCGACUCCGUUCCUGUAUCACUAGAGCAGAAGCGGCUGCCCCCAUCCUCAUCACCCGAAGCUUCCUCACCUCGCUGUUCGCCCAAGCCAGAGUCUUCAGGCAAUGCCCCGUCGUCGCCUUAUAAGUCAUCAUCGCCGUCCCUUUCAACGCCUGAUCGUCACACUCUCAGCUACCUAUCCAAAGGGACAGCGUCCAGCUUGGUCGAGGACUGGUACCACACGGACCUAAACGACAAGUUCGUGGCGCUUCACAAAUGUCUUCCUCCGCUCUCCUUAGAAUCCCAUCAGCAGGAAAUGAAAGAAACGGACAGCGAGGCUGACGAGCAAGACCAAGCAUUCCUGGAGAAGGCAUUACCAAGAUCAACGCCCCAGCGCAAUCCUAGCAAGACGAUGAUCCUCAAAAGGGCAACGGAUUAUAUUAUGGAGUUGGACCAGAGGAAUAAAAGCCUUUUGCAGGAAAAAAUGGAGCUCCAGAGCCGCCUGACGCCCCUCAUCACAGCUCCGGACACUCCAUCUCAGCUUCAACAUCUGCAGCCCUGGCUCUGUGAAGAGAGCGAGGAAGGAGAAGAGAAGGCAAAAGAGGGAGAGGUGCUGGGAUUGUCUCAUACUAACAGCGACAUGAAAGACUUUUGA